UCGUUCCUUUUAGCCGGUGGUGGACGUGCAGCUUGUAUCCGCUGUAACUCAGUUCUCUCAUUAACCAUGUACUAUAAAGUCAGCGGAGUCACCGGAAAAUUAACGGGAACUACCGCAGCGUCCGCCUGCAGCCCGCAGGGGCUGAAGCCCACAGUGCCCUCUCAACCCCCUCCCAUGAUUUUUGCCUCACCAACCAAGGUGGUUUCAGAAGCAGGUCCAACAGUAAACUACUUGGGAAUAAACAAAGUCCCUGAGCUGCAGAAGAUCUUCCAGAAAGCUGAUGGAGCACCGGUUCACCUGAAGCGUGGAGUCAUGGACAAAAUGCUGUAUAGGACCACAAUGGGCUUGACGAUUGGUGGCACUCUCUACUGUUUAAUGGCCCUGUAUGUCGCUACCCAGCCCAGGAAACCGCAGUAACCUGCUCAAUCUGUGCCUGCAUAAUACAAAAAUGCAAAAUUGAUCUUGAGUAGGACUGAUGACAUGGAUUGUCAUUCUGCCCUCAAAGACAGUCACACAAUCACUUGAUUACUUCAAUGCUAUUUCACUUACAUACAUCCGCCCUUAUUUAUAACUGCAAUAUUUUGUGUCACCAGUCCCCACUGAUUUUAAAAGUUCAUCAAUUCUAACUGUCAUUUUACCAGUCUGAGAACAAACCAAAAUUCUGAUGAGCUUGCUGGGUAUGAUGGGCUCGUCAUUGCGUGUGUACAUUCACAAGUGUUGAUUUUGAUUUCACCAAACCAUUGUUUUAUUCUCUCCUAUGGACGUCUAACUGGUCCCUCUAAAAUGGCUUGUGAGCAGUAAUUUACCUUAAUGGUCUCAUUUUUAACAUCUUUGGAGUUGAACUCGCAUUUAACUCGAACAAUCCACAGCAGGGUUUGGUUUUGCUUUUGGUCCUAUUUUCACGCUCAUCGUGACUAGCACACACUGCUCAGAUAUACUGAUAUACUGUAUAUGCAUUCCCUCAUAACUUUUGAGAAAUGACAGUGAACUAUUACAGCUUGGCCUUCUGUAAAUUAAGUCCUUGUCAUUUGUAUUUGGGAGAAUAAAUGUAUUUUGUUUGUAAAAAGUGGAAAAAAUACCAGUGAAAUUUCCUUGUCUUUCUUCUGUUUUGACCUGUUAUUACUGUGUUUUCCAUAUAUCAGUCAAGAGUAAACAACAUCCUGUGGUCUUGGGUUCAGUGUCGCCACACAGGAAAUGAGUCUGAUGGGACUGGGCAUAUUAGUGGUAAUGAAAACAUAAAAGCAUUUCAAAAGCGAUGAUUUAUUGAUAUUAGAUUAGGUUCUUGGAUAUAAUAUUAUCAGUCGCAUUUAGACGCAUGUUUGUGAAGGGAGUGGAGUAUUAACAUUCUGUUGAUGCUUGACAUUUGAUAGGGAUGUGUCUUAUGACACAGUGCUUACAUAAUGCUGACAAUUGAUUUGUGUUUUAGAGUGUGGAAUUGGCUUUUGUCUUGGACUCGUCCUCAUUGUUGAUAUUUCUUAAUCGGAUUGCUUUCAACCCUUAGUACUAAGCAUCUGCAAUUAUUUCCAUCCAAAGCGUUUAGCAAACAGAUUUAUUUACAUUACAUGUAUGCAUUUGCCAGGUAAUUUUAGUGACAGUACAUUUGUAACGGUAAGGUGGGCAAGGAGGAGGUGGGAACUGGCUGAACUUUCAGCUUAAUUUUUAAAAACAUUAAAUGAGCUUGAAUCAACUUAAACACAUAGAGACACAGUGGCCGCAUGUGGCUCUUUCUGUCUCCUGAACUAGCGCACAUUCAAUGUACAUUUUAUCAGUUAUUGCUUUCCCUGGGAAUCAAACACAAGAGUUUGGUGUUACUAAUGCCAUGCUCUACCAGAUAAACUCUUCGAAUGCUUUGUACAUAAAUUCAGCCUCUUUGUUUUCCAAUUUAGUUUUUGUACUUGUCAAUUUAAAUGUUAAAAUGAAAUAUUUCAGAUGCAAUAAAUGCAAGUUUAAAGUUGGAAAAUCAGCUUCUGACUUUAUAGAAUGUUCUGAAUCAAAAUGUUACCAUUAAUGGUGAGACAUCAUAAUAUUUGCAUACUGGGUUAUUGUUAUUUGUGCAAUUGCUUUUGUCUUUUUUUUGCAUAAUGUAUGUUUAGCAAAAAAUGGCUAAAUUUACACUGCUCAGUAACUGUGUUGAUAAUGCAUGCAGAGUGUCAUGACAACAGCAAAGCAUUUCUGAUGCAACAUUUAAAACCUAAACUAAACAAACCCAAAAUUUUUAUUCUGUUAUUUUCUCACAUGUCACUGUAAACCCAUAUGUCUUUCUUCUGUGAUAAGUGACUUCGGUCUGAGAAGUUUGAAAAAGGACAAAACCACCGAUAAAUUAAGCUGUAUGACUCAUUAUGGUAUAUAGUGCAAAUUCCAAGUCUUCUGAAGCCAUACGAUCACUUUGUGCCCUGAGGGAACACCUGUCUCUUCAGUGUGAAGAAAAGAAUGCAAUUUAAACCAUUAUUCACUCUAAAUUAUGUAAUUAACACAAAAAAGGACAGCAUUUGCUGCAUUAUGUUAAUUACCACAAACAUUUAUUUUGGAAAAAAGGCAAAAAUCUUGAAGUGAAUGGGGCCAAUCUGUUAAUGUUAAAAUACUGUUUCAAAAUGAUAACAACAAGACAAACAAUAUGCUAUUAAAACAUUUGUUGUGUGAUAAAAUUGCUUAAAAACCUUUUUUCUGUAAAAAAUUUUCUGGCAAUUUUACAACUUGCUUGCCAUGAUGACUUGGCAUUGUACUAAAUCUAAUCCUGAAAAUAAAUUUGCAGCUUAAAUAAUGCAUGUGUUUAAACAGAAUUAAAGUGCUUCUGUAAUAAUAUAAGCUUCACAAUUCUGUUUUUAAACCCUCCAAAUAUUAUUAUUUUUAUUUAAUUUUUUUGUGGUAAUCAGCAUUAUGCUACAACAUAUUGAACCCAUAAUAUUCAUUUAAAUCAAAUAUGGCAGCAACGUCAGUAACAUCAAAUCUCAUAAGUUCUCAUUUUAUUUUUUAUCCCUUUUCUUGAUUGACAGAACAGUCGCUAUUCCCUGUCAUU